GUUGCUGGUUGGAGCUCCCUUUGAGUCCACGGGGAAGAAGCAGACUGGCGAUGUGUACCGAUGCCCGCUGGACAGCAAGAACUCUGCAAACUGCAGCCGACUCAACCUGGGGAGACUCACUCUGAACAACGUGUCUGAGAGGAAGGACAAGAUGAGGCUGGGAAUGACGCUGACCUCCAACCCCAAAGACAGCAGCUUCGUGGUGAGUCCCACCGAAAGAGUUCGUCACGAUAAAGUCAGAAUCAAAGCUAAGGUGGAGGCCUUUAAGAACAGAGCAGAGGGAAGUGAAAACAAACAGUCACCAUUGUUUUAA